AUGGCGGGCGGCGUUGCUCGUCAUUUGCGGCCAGGACAGGUGGCUGUAAGGGGUCCCUGGCAUCACGGCUCCACCAUCCGACCGCACGACAAAGCCGCGGGCAGAUACACCGCUCGACGAGCCAAGUCACCGAACCUUUUGCCCCCCGGGACGUGCCGCAUGAGGAUGAAGCCCGGGAGUCGGCCCAGAGACAUCAGUGUCGGACGCGGACGCCGUCACCGUCUGCCAGAACGGCUUCGUUCACACGGUGAUCCGCGCCGCCUGGAAGCAACAUCAACAACACCUGAGCCUCGAGCUGCGACCGGACGACGUCACGUCUGGCUGGCCGUGCUCGUCCAGCUCAGCUUCUUCGUCAACGGGGCCAACCGCCGUCGAGGCGUUGCGUAG